GUGUAUUGGGGAGUGAGUUGCCAGAUAUCACUACCAGAACUGAACUAUUUAUUUAUCCAUAUAUUACACAAGUAUUCUGCUCUUGAUGGAAACUUGAGAUAUCUUCCCAAGGAAAAAAAUGUUGAACACAAUACAGCUUGCCUAAUGCGAAAAAGUAACUAAGAUAAAUGAAUAUUGCACAAUGUUGUGAAUGCUCAACAUUUAUAGCAUGUUUUGGUACUCUAAUUUGGAUCGUAGUGUUUUGACUUAUUGAAAACUAUUUACCCACUGAUGAAAAUUAUUUCAUAUUUAUAGGUACAACGAAAUAGGAAUUACUAAAUGAAUUAAAGUACACCCGCCUCCAGAGAUGGAUUCUACGCAGGCAGCAGUCAGCAGCGGUUCUAUGAAUCUCCUUUCCCCCUCCCCCGGGCCGGGGGAGGGGGAGAGGAGGGGUGAGCAACAGAUGCCGCUCGGUUGCGCAGACGGCCAAGGCACAGCCCGAAGAGAGAGCUCGGAACCGGGCAAGGAGCCAGCGCCGAGCGAACGAGACGAGCCGCAGACAACGUCACUUCCGUCGUUUGGAUAUCUCAACAGUACGGCGUGGGGCACCAUCGAGGACGACAUACAUUUAGACGAGCACUUCUUGGUGUUCGGCGAUACCCUCCAGGUCAUUCCCUCCGCCGGCGCCGAAGUAGUCUACUACUGGGAUCGUAAUCCAACGGGGGUUAGGGAUCCGAACACUGGUCUUGAAUUUUGAUAUUCCGUUACGUCUAGUGACCUCUCCGUAUAUGGCAAUGGAAACAGACUUGGGUUACCAUAUAUAUAUAUAUAUAUAUAUAU